AUGGUCGAUAUGGGGGGCCUGGACAACCUGAUUGCCAACACGGCCUACCUGCAGGCCCGGAAGACCUUGGAUGGAGACAGCAGGGAGCUGCAGAGGCGGCGCCGGAGCCUGGUGCUGCCCGGGCCACAGUGCUGCACCCAGCUCCGCCAGUCCCUGCCCCAGGACUUCAACAGCCUAUGCGAGCAGCAGCCCAUCGGCCGCCGCCUCUUCCGGGACUUCCUAGCCACAGUGUCCCCAUACCAAGAGGCCGUGGCCUUCCUUGAGGAGGUGCAGGGCUGGGAGCUGGCUGAGGAGGGUCCUGUCAAGGGCAGCAUGCUGCAGGGGCUAGUGGCCACUUGUGUGGCUGUUUCUGCCCCAGGGCACCUACAUCCUUUCCUCAGCCCGGCUCUGGCCAUCAAGUGCCAAGCAGCCACCACUGAGGAAGACCAGGUAGCCCUGGUAGCACAGGCCAAGGCCGAGGUCAUGGCCUUCUUGCAGGACCAGCCCUUCCGGGAUUUCCUGACCAGCCCCUUCUAUGACAAGUUUUUGCAGUGGAAAGUCUUUGAGAUGCAACCGGUGUCGGACAAGUACUUCGAUGAGUUCCGAGUUCUGGGGAAAGGUGGUUUCGGGGAGGUAUGUGCUGUCCAGGUGAAAAACACUGGUAAGAUGUAUGCCUGUAAGAAACUUGACAAGAAGCGGCUGAAGAAGAAAAAUGGAGAGAAAAUGGCUCUUUCAGAAAAGGAAAUCUUGGAAAAGGUCAGCAGCCCUUUCAUCGUCUCUCUGGCCUAUGCCUUUGAGAGCAAGUCCCAUCUCUGCCUGGUCAUGAGCCUGAUGAAUGGGGGAGACCUUAAGUUCCACAUCUACAGUGUGGGCACACGGGGCCUGGACAUGAGCAGAGUGGUCUUCUACUCGGCCCAGAUGACUUGUGGAGUGCAACACCUCCACUCCCUCGGCAUCGUCUACCGGGACAUGAAGCCGGAGAACGUGCUUCUGGACGACCUUGGCAACUGCAGGCUGUCCGACCUGGGCCUGGCUGUGCAGAUCCAGGAUGGCAAGCCUGUCACACAGAGGGCUGGAACCAAUGGUUAUAUGGCUCCUGAAAUCCUAAUGGAAAAAGUGAGUUAUUCCUAUCCUGUGGACUGGUUCGCGAUGGGAUGCAGUAUUUAUGAAAUGGUUGCUGGACGAACACCAUUUAAAGAUUACAAGGAAAAAGUCAGUAAAGAGGAUUUAAAGCAAAGAACCCUGAAAGAAGACGUCAGAUUCCAGCAUGAUAACUUCACAGAGGAAGCAAAAGAUAUUUGCAGACUCUUCUUGGCUAAGAAACCGGAGCAACGUUUAGGAAGCAGAGAGAAGUCCGAUGAUCCCAGACAACACCCUUUCUUCAAAACCAUCAAUUUCGCUCGCCUGGAAGCUGGCCUAGUUGAGCCCCCAUUUGUGCCAGACCCUUCUGUGGUUUAUGCCAAAGACAUCGCUGAAAUUGAAGAUUUCUCUGAGGUUCGGGGAAUCGAAUUUGAUGAUAAAGAUAAGACGUUCUUCCAAAGAUUUGCAACAGGUGCUGUCCCUAUAGCAUGGCAGGAAGAAAUUAUAGAAACCGGACUGUUUGAAGAAUUGAAUGACCCCAACAGGCCUGCAGGUUGUGGGGAUGGUAAUUCAUCCAAGUCUGGUGUGUGUUUGUUAUUAUAAGUUGUUCUCUCUACCAGAUGGGCAGCAGGAAUCUCAGCUGACAUAAUCCUCGAAUGUUCCUAACACAUGAAAAUCUGUUAAAUGAGGACUGAUCAAUGAGGAGGGGCAUUUCAACCAAAGAGCAGUUCAAAGGACAGGUGAGCUUACCACUAGGACACAUUUUUCUCUUGCCUUCCUCCCUCCCUUCCUUCCUUACCUCCUUCUCUCUCCCUCCACCUCUUUCUUCUUUCUGUUUUUUCAUAAAGAUGAGUCAAGUAAAGUCUCGGUUUUCACCAAGGGCUGGGAAAAGGAACACUUAGGUUUAUUUUGAUAAACUAAAAGCAUGAGCCUCCAGCAUCAUGUCCCUGAAAAUGACACAAAGUCCUAGGAAUAGAGAAUGGAACUUUGUGGUGUACUCAGUAAAUGAGCAUUUGCAAUUCUUAGUAAAUAAUCAUUUUAGUUUUUCUUUGUUUAUAUCCCUUGUUCCCUUCAUCUUUCAGUAUUUCUUCUGCUUCUGUACUUGUAAAAAGGAUUUGGAAGCUGAAAAUAAAUGUUCCUGAUAC